UAAAAGGUCCUUGUACAUCACUUGGAUUCAAGAUACCACAAAAGUGACCAAACCCACUUUUGGCAUCCCCCUAUUAAUCCAUCUCUCUCUUCUACAUUUCCACCAUAUUCACACUACAAAUUUAAUUCCUCAUCUUCAUUUUCCAUCUUAAUUAAUUUCCUCUCAUAUUCAAACUUCAUUCUAUACCAUCAUGGAUUAUGACUAUGAAUAUGAGUAUAAGAGAAACCAUGUACCAGCAUUUGGAAGCUGGGAUUGUAAUAAUGAUGAUUUGCCAUUUACUCAAUGUUUUGAGUCAGCUAGACAAGCUGGACUUUUAAGAUAUAGUUAUUCUGAAGAUCGUGAUUUAUAUGUCACGGGUGAUUUGUAUGACAAUAAUGUUGUUACUCCAGCUAUGAUUGUUGUUCCUCGUCGCAAGGGAAAAGGAGGAACAGCAGGGUACCCGCAUGUGAAAAAAGACGCUUGGGUUGUAUGUGACUAUGAAUACGACUAUCCAAAUUACGAUGACUUUUGUGAUGCUAAACAACCACCCAGCCCUAUCAUCAUAGCAACACCGCCGCCACCGCCGCCAUCUCAUGUUAAAAAAACAAAGGCUGUUGAUGAAGAUUUGUACCGAAUCUCGCCGGAGCUCCUCCGUGCCAAACCCAAAAGGAAGAAGUGGGGAUUGUUUUCGAGUUGCAUGCAGCCAACUUGUGUUAUGUGAAGACAAAUUCAAGCUUUCAUAGGUACAUAUUAUUCGGGAGAAUGCACGGUAUUAUAACAAAGUAGUGGCAUACUAUCUGUUUUUUACUUUUUUGUUUGUAAUUGGGCUUAUGAGUUAUGGCCCGGCCAGGCCCAAAACAGUUAAUUAAAUUCAUAAUUGUCUUUUGAGUGAUGAUUAUGGUUAAUGAUGUUGAUGGUGAUAUAUUAAAGCUUCUUUUAUGAUAAUGCUUGUUACUUACUUUUGUCAA